AUGAACCCCUCCGAGAACCUGCACGUGGACGAGCUUAUCGCGAAACUUCAAAAGUAUGGCCUUGAACGCGGAGAAUCACUUCCACAUCUCAUCAUAUCCGGUGAUCUCUCUGAUAUAGGAUGUUCCGGACCAAAAGAUUGGAAGCUGCGUACUCCAUUCUCAACAGAAAUCGUUCUCCGACAAAGUGAAAUCAGCUCUCUCACAGUAAGAUUGAUCCCUGACUUUUCGCGGCCCGCUUCACAAAAAUCCGAUAUCAAGUCUUUCCAAAAGUCUCUCGCCCAUAUUGGCGAGCUUCCAAAUGCGGUGCAGUUGGCUAGUGCGAAAGUCUACAUGUUUCUCGAUGCCAAGAAUAUACCAGAUAAAACUCCAUGGAAAGAUGUUUUACGGAUUGAACUCGAAGGACCAUUACAACCAAACCUCACCUUACUAGAUAUCCCCAGUCUCCUUGCAAAUAUCUCCAAGGUAGAAACCGGCUAUGAAGAAGAUAACACCGCUUCCAUUGCCGAAACUUCUUUCACAGCUGGCUCCAACACACCCACCCACACAAUCAUGACUGAAGAUUACCUCUCUCGUCCUCGCUAUCUCUCCCACGACACAGUUCCCCACGCUGGAAAGACAUUCAUGAUUCGAGAUCGCAAUCAUGGUGGGGUAAUCACACUCAAAGAUGGAGUUCUCCAAAUCUCUCCCAAUGUCCCCCGAGCUGGAGGAUGUCAUUGGACAUGCAUAGAGCGCGACGGAUGGUUUGGCUUCCGCAACUGUGUUUCUGGACAAUUUUUUGGGCAUGAUAAUAAGGGGAAAUUUCACUGCAAGGUUGCGCACCAUCGGAAUCAUGAAUGGUUCUGUGCGAGAGCUCAUCCAGCAGGUGGACAUCUCUUGUUGAUGUUACAUGGGGAUAAGUUUCGACAAAUGAAAAUUGGGAAUGAUGAGACGGAGUUGGUGGAGACAGAUGGGGAAGGCACUGCGUGGGAUUUCAUAGAAGUUUAG